AAUUAUUAUUAUAGGUCAACCACGUAAUGAAAGAAACUGGAGCCUAACCCCGGGUUCGAAAACGAAUCCACGGCAACUGAGCGGAGACUCACGCGGGUAACCGUAGACUUUUGAUUUUAUUUGAAACAAGGGAAAAAAUUAAAAUGAGCAACGCUUCAAUUAUUCGUAUACCUUGUAGAGCAAACUUCCAAAUUUCUUCCGGGAUCUUGUCCGGAAAUGCGUUUUUUUUCAUGGUUUUGAAUACAAAGGAAGACGAAAUCUGAAUGUGAAAGUUGGCCGCAUUCAAAGGACACUGAUCCUCUGUCAGGGUUUCAUUUCAAUUACUUAUAUCGAGGUUUUACAGCUGGUGAUCCAGUUACAGCAAUUUAUUUUAGAGGCUGAAGUUGAAGCUGAAUUGAAAUUUAAUCCGCGUUGAUGGCGGGGUUGUAGAUAAAUGCGGGGAAAUUUGUGGGAGAAAAGAAGUUAGAAAGAAUGGGGGCAGCUCCGUCGACACCUCGGGGAGAUGCGGAGCCCAUGGAGAAAGCGGAGUAUUUGUGUGGGACAUUUGUAGGGAAUAAGCCACAGGAUCUUCAUUCGCAAUUCUGGCAACAUUUACUCUCAUUUCCUCUCACAGCUUACAGGCCGCAAUCCAGGGUGCUCGAAGCUUGUCAAUGCCUGGCUCAGAAUAACAGGUACACAAGGCAUCUUGUGAAGCUUUUGAUUCACGUGGUAUGGAGCCUUCAGGAGGCAAUUACUGUAACAUCUGGGGCACAUGCAAAUUAUGCAAAAGCCAUAAAUGCAACACGUCUCUCAUCAGUUUUUCUGAGAUAUUUAAUAGAGAAUUCAACUAGUAAUAACUUUGAGGAAUCCCUAUUUCUCAGUUUGACAGGCACAGAUUCCAAAAAAGAGGGAGUUCCGGAAGUUCACUGCGUCACAGAAUUUUUUAUGCAAGGGCUACUCGGCUUCGUUGGCCUUGCAGAUGUUACUCCAAGUUCAUAUCUUCUACAUGUUGAAGUUGUCAAUCUGCUUCUAGUGGCCAUGUCCACCCAACUCCAUUCUGGGCCAUCCCCUGGGCCAAAGGAUAUACACCCAUUCAUUGAUGCUGCAAUGAUGCAGGAAAGUACACUCGUAGGUCCCUUUGUUCGCAAGCUAUUAAUUUCAUAUAUUGCACGGUUAAUAGUUCCAUCAAAUGCUAUGUACCUAAGUAUCUCAAAAGGCAGUCAGCCAGGAGUACUACAAAAAGUUGGCUCUGCAGCUGCCAGUGUUGUCUUGUUACCAUAUUACACCUUUAAUUAUCUUGUGAAUGCAAGUGGAGAAAUGCCAAAAAGACCUUUGGCAGAUAACAGCCUUCUUUUGCUUCUUGUUCUUAUACAUUAUCGUAAAAGUUUGCCACUUGAGGAAGCAUCAGGAAAUACAUUGGAAACCAAUGGUAGCAAUACAGGAGGCUUGGGAGAGAGCUUGAACUCUCAUCAUAAUCCUUACUCCAGAGCACUUGAAACUGCCAGGGACAUUGAAUUUGACCGUGUAGAUAUUGAAGGGAAUGCUCAAGCUGGUCUGACUGUGAGAUUGCCUUUUGCAUCUUUAUUCGACACUCUUGGAGGCUGCAUGACAGAUGAGAGUUCCAUCUUGCUGCUCUACUCUUUGCUCCAUGGGAAUUCUGACUUCUUGGAAUAUGUUUUGGUUCGAACAGAUUUAGAUACACUGUUAAUGCCAGUUCUGGAGAUGCUUUACGGUGCACCUCAAAGAUCUUCAAAUCAGAUAUAUAUGUUGCUUAUCAUUCUCCUGAUACUUAGCCAAGAUUCCUCUUUUAAUGCUAGUAUACAUAAGCUAAUACUGCCGAAUGUUCCCUGGUACAGAGAGCAACUAUUGUCUCGAACAUCACUCGGUUCUUUGAUGGUUGUGAUUCUUAUAAGGACAGUGAAGUAUAAUCUAUCAAAACUGAGGGAUGUUUAUCUUCAUACAAACUGCCUUGCAACUUUGGCAAACAUGGCCCCACAUGUCCACAGAUUGAAUGCAUAUGCAUCACAAAGGCUUGUUAGUCUUUUCGACAUGCUAUCACGCAAGUACACAAAAUUAGCAGAGGCGAAUAACAGCAAGAUCCUUACAAUAAAUGUAAAUCCAUUGGAAGGCAAAGAGUUAGCUGAGGAUACGCCAACUGAGCUACAUAUUUAUACGGAUUUCUUAAGAAUUGUGUUGGAGAUCAUCAAUGCUAUUCUUACUUAUGCUUUGCCUCGGAAUCCAGAGGUUGUGUAUGCGACAUUGCAUAGGCAGGAGCUUUUCAAGCCAUUCAGGGACCAUCCACGCUUUUAUGAACUAGUGGACAACAUUUAUACAGUAUUGGACUUUUUCAACAGCCGCAUGGAUGCUCAACGUAUAGAUGAGGAAUGGUCAGUAGAAAAAGUUCUGCAAAUUAUAGUUGCUAAUUGCAGGUCAUGGCGGGGUGAAGGGAUGAAGAUGUUUACCCAGUUGAGAUUCACAUACGAACAAGAGCUUCAUCCAGAGGAGUUCUUUAUUCCAUAUGUGUGGAAAUUGGUUGUUUCAGAAAGUGGUUUGGAUUUUGAUCCCGACAAUAUUCGUUUAUAUGAAGCAAAAUCACCUGCAGAAGAUCCCCCACCAGACAAGACAUUUGAUUUACCACUCUCUCCUGCCAUAGAUGUGUAGAUAUAAAUUGAAUUCCUUCAAAAUAUUAAAAAAUGUACAGAUCGAUGUUUAGGUUUUUGGAGUGAUAAUGUGAUCAGUCAUUUUCAUUCUUCCCGGAGGAGUCCUAUCUAUUAAACUACCCUAAUGAUUCUUUACAGGAACUCUUUGAGUUGUCUAAAUUGCAAAUCGCUCAAGUUUUAUUCUGUGUACAAAGGACUUACGCAUAUAUGUCAUUUCAUUUGCAUCAAUUCUUUAUCCAAGUAUAUACCAAAAUUCGAGGAGUUUUCAGCUGUUCCUAAUAAGAAGCUAACAUUGGGAGGUUGAGGUGCACUUCAACUUCUCAUGGGAAUUAUGAUCGGUUGAUGAUUUAUCAAUUUUUUUUUAUCAUUGUCAAGAGACUCUGACUUAAGGGUGAACAUGUACCAUCGGUUCAGAUCUGUUUCCAUUGUUAAUGAUACUUUGUUCAUGGUCUCUAUUGGUUUUAUGCCUCUGCUAACUAUUGUGAAUAAGAGAAAUGUUUAUGGAACCAAACAGAAAAUAUCAAUUUCAGGUUGUGGGCCAUAGAUACGUUUACAGAAAAUAGCCUCUAUAACAUACUUCCUUAUGCAUCGUGUGCUCUUCAAUACACAAGGAUGCUUCUGGGAAGUCUUUUUUUUUA